GAAAGGGGGGAGGAGGCAGGGCAGAGGAUGGAUGUAGACGAAGUGGAUGAGGAAGCACUGCUGAAGGAUCCAUUCUGGGACCAGCUGGAGAAAGGACUCAUAGAAGUUUCAUUUGAAACCGACAUGUAUUCAAAGGUGAAAAACAGGAGAGCCGUGUUGGAUGCUAAGCGGGAGGAGAAAGAGAGCAAGCAGAAGGAAGAUGAACGUAGCAAGAAGAAGAAGAAAAAGAAGGAACAUAAAAAGGAGAAGAAAGCUAAGAAGGAGAAGAGGAAAAAAGACAAGCACAAGAAGACUAAAAGGAUGGUAGAUCUAGAAAUGCUCGGCUCGUUAGAAAGUGCCACAAAGCGCACACUGAUGAUGAGCCCGUCUGCCCUAGACACCUCGGCCAACUCGGCCAACAUGUACCGGUCAUCAGUGCCCUCUGAGCAGAUACUGACCAUAGCUCAGCUGGAAGAGAAGUCCAAAGAGGAGAGGUCAGCCUCUGUCUCUGGUGGCACAACCCCUUGCAAGUUGGAAUCCAUGGACUCCAGCUCCUCGUCCAGUUCCAGCACCAUAUCUCAAGAGAUGACCAUUACGCCAGACUCACCGUCACCGGACAAACCUGCUGAUCCACAUUCUGCAUUCUUUGGAGACCUUUGUAAAACAGAGACCAAAAGAGAGAUCCUGGACCUCCAGGAGGAGACCAGCGAGCUGCAUGACUUUGCCAACAUCCUGCCCACCCCAGAGGUAGACGAAGCCGAUCGGCAGAUCUGUGAUGCUGUCCUGACUCCCUUGAGUCCAUGUGAUGUUGAUAGGGGCUUAUCAGGUUUACCCAGUGAUGCUAGUUUGCAGGAUGGUGCUGUCCUGAAUAGAUUAGGAGAAAGUGACUCUAAAAACUCCUUGCAGAUAUUUUCUAAAACAAGUCCGCUCCUGGACGAUGAGACUAUGAGCAAUCUACCCACACCUCCUGAAGUGGACAAUCGGUCAAUGUUCACUAUGUUACAAAGUGGUAAUGGAACUAAACGUGCUCUUGCACAACAGCAGGAAUCUACAGUAGGACAGUCUGCUCAAAAUAAUGUAUAUAAUAUGUAUCAAAGUGAACAGUGUAAAGUUGAUUAUAGAGUGCAAGAAGUGAACUUGUUUGGAAAUUUAAAGCCAGCUACGGGAAAUGUGCAAAUGGAUGUGAACAGUGCAAAGAAAGGUGGUACAGGAGAAGUAGGAGGUACAGCAGGGAGUGGGAUGCAAGGAAACGUUGUGGAACCUGCGCCAUCAAACCAAUUUCAGCCUCCCACGCCCCCUGCAUCGCUUUUCUCCUCCUUUUCUUCGGCUGUUCCGAAACCCUCCCCUCUCAUGCCCCUGAGUGAGGGAACCCCAAAUAGAACUCCAGAUCUGAAAUCUCCUCUGAACUCCCCACUUACGCCACACACCCCCAGCACCAGCUUCACACCCCAGGCCACACCCCAGGCCACACCCCAGGCUACACCUCAGGGUAUCCCCAGUCCUAAAUCCUACCUGGCAAGCCAGAAGAGCCCUCCAUUCCCCAACACCAGUCCAAGCGGUGGCAGGAAUGCCUUUGAAAAGAUCCAGACAUUUCAGCUGACCUCUGCCCAUGGAAGGAACAGUGCCAAAGUACAAAGCCUCAAGGAUAAGCUCAGUAAAUAUGUAUCACCGACAUCAAGAAAAGAGGAUAGCUUAUCCAGUGAGAAAGGCAUUGGUGAUAUCGGUAAUGACCAGCAGCAGCAGCAGCAGCUGCAGAGGUUGCAGACAGGACAGUUGUCGGAGCUACGUGUGGACACCAGUCUUGCCAACACCUUCAAGUCCUCAGAGAUUGCCGGUCAACCCCAACCUCUGUCUCAGAUAGAGAGACAGAUCCAGAGGAUAGAGAUGAGGGAAGGUGAUGGGCCUCUGGAGAAGGGGCAGGAGUUGAGCCAUCCUGUGCCUGGCUCGUUGGCUUUGAAUCAGGACAGCGGGAUACCAGAACCUCAAAGACAGGACUCCAUUGAAGGCCUCAUUGGAAAUCAGAAUGGCGUACCCUCCUCUAUUACUCCACAGGGGAUGGGAUCAUUGGCAACAUUUGAGGGUCUCCGUCAGGCCAUCAAGACAGGCAACACCCAGGCAGUGGUGCACAUGCUGCAGCAGACCGGUCCUAGAGCGGUGGAGGAGGUGGAUAACAUGGGCACCACACCGCUCAUGCUAGCCUGUUCACUCAACCAGGAUGAUAUCGUCAAAGCACUCAUCCUCAAUGGGGCCAUCGUCAACAAGACACACAAGAACGGCAUGACGCCUCUCAUGAUGGCUGCAGAAAAGGGAUUCACCUCUACACUGGGUAUCUUGCUAGAAGCUGGAGCAUACAUCAACUCAACAACACCGGCUGGGGAAUCAGCACUCAUGGAGGCAUGUCGGAGAGGCCAUAAAGACGUUGUGAGGCUGUUACUGGAGUAUGGUGCAAACUGGAUGGUGACAGCACGAGAUGGCUCAUCGGCAUUGGGCUUUGCUCUUCAUCAUAACCAGUGCAGUGUUCAGGACAUGCUUCAUGCACAUGUACAGAGGUUAUGCUGUGAGCUAGAAGCCAUGGCCAGCCAGUUCCUGUACGGCACAGCUCGAAUCCUCAAGUCUGUCUUUCCGCUGCACUGCUACAGACUAAGGGAAGCUACUGAACACGUGGCUCUUGUAUCAUUUGACGCCAAUAACUACUACUGCUACCAAGGUAGUGGUAUGCUACUCUUUCUUGCCCAAGCCACACUGGGUCCAGGCUGGAGCAUCAGCUGCAAGCUCUCUGGGUCCAGUUACAUCAAACAAGUCCUACUCAAUGGAAGAUAUCUACCUCAACUAACUCAGGGAAGCAAUUUUGUGCUAUCCUAUACUCCUAGAAGUGGGCAGAAUGUUCUCACAAUCUCCACCGUUCCUGAUCCAUAUACUAAUACUCUCCUGCUUGUUGGAGCAUACACGGUCCAGAUUGGAUCCCAUCACACUGCCAUGCACUAGACUCCAGCAGCCAGCUGUUCCUUCCCUAAUCACUGCCACACCAUGCUAGUUUUUGAAGGGCUGUCCAUCCUCGCAACCUGC